AUGGUAGAAAACCUUUUUGCUGCGAAUGAGAACGUAACUACAGAGGCUAUUUCCUGGAAUGAAUCAAUAAGUGAAACAAAUCACUCCAUAGUGACUGAGUUCUUUUCUCUGGGACUCUCUAAUUCUCAGGAACUCCGGAUUUUCCUAUUUGUGUUCUUUUUUGUAUUCGAUGUAGGAACUGUGUUUGGAAACCUUCUUAUUGUCAUCACUGUAGCUUCUGACUCCCACCUUCACACCCCCACAUGCUUCCUGCUGGCCAACCUCUCCCUCAUUGAUCUGUGUCUGACUUCAGUCACAGCCCCCAAGGUGAUUCCUGACUUUUUCAGGAAAUGCAAGGUCAUCUCGUUCAAGGGCUACCUGGCUCAGGUAUUUCUCCUUCACUUCUUUGGUGGGAGUGAGUUGGCGAUCCUUAUGGCCACGGCCUUUGACAGAUAUGUGGCGAUCUGUCAAUCCCUUCACUACGCUACAAUUAUGUGUGACAGUGUGUGUGUUGGCAUUGUGGCUGCUGCAUGGGGAACUGGCUUCCUCCACUCAGCCAGCCAGUUGGCCUUUGCUGAGAACUUACCUUUCUGCGGCCCCAAUGAGGUAGACAGCUUUUACUGUGACCUUCCCAAGGUCAUCAGACUUGCCUGCACAGACACCUAUAGGCUGGAUAUCAUGGUCAUUGCUAACAGUGGAGAGCUCCCUGUGUGUUCUUUCGUUCUCCUAAUUGUCUCACACACUGUCAUCUUAGUAACCAUCCAGUGUCUCCCUUCAGAGAGGUCAUCCAAGGCUCUGUCUACUUUGACUGCUCAUAUCACAGUAGUUCUUUUGUUCUUUGGACCAUAUAUCUUCAUUUAUGCCUGGCCAUUCUCCGUCAAGUCAUUAGAUAAAUUCCUUGUUGUCUUUUGUUCUGUGGUCACUCCUCUCUUGAACCCAACUAUAUACACACUGAGGAACAAAGACAUGAAAACUGCAAUGAGACGGCUGAGAAAAUGGAAUAUGAAUUCUAGGAUAAAGUCGUAA